UGUGUGUACGGCGUCGUAGCCACUGAAAAUUCGAAAGGCUGUGAAUUCAGCUAGGUUCUCUCUCAACGCCGAAAAUAAAAAAUAUCAACCAUUACAAGCAAGGAGAUGCCCCCCAAAUUGAAAUUCUCGGAAGGGGAAAAAGUAUUAUGUUUUCAUGGACCACUCAUUUAUGAAGCCAAAUGCCUAAAGUCGACAAUUACAAAAGAAAAACAAGUAAAAUAUUUCAUACAUUACGCUGGUUGGAACAAAAAUUGGGAUGAGUGGGUACCCGAAAGCAGAGUCCUUAAGUACAAUGAAGCCAAUGUGGCAAAACAAAAGGAAGUACAAAAAGCUCAUUCUUCACAACCUGGGAAGGCCAAGAAAUCUAAAAAGUCAGUUACUGCUAAAAAUGAGAAGGAAGCUAAGGAUGGAGAUUCACGUGCCAGUACCCCAGUGAUUGAGAUGACAAAGGGAGCUAAAACUAAACAGGUCAAUACACCAUCAAGUGGCCCUGAUUCUGGAUCUGAUGUACCCCGGAAAAAACGAGGACGAUUAGAUCCUUCUGUUGAAUCUGAAGAACAAUUUUUGAGUAAGGUGGAGAUUAAGGUAAAAAUUCCCGACGAGUUAAAACCAUGGCUCGUGGAUGAUUGGGACAUUGUAACUAGGCAAAGAAAAUUGGCCAAUAUACCAGCAAAAGUCAGUGUAGACAAUAUCUUAGAAAACUAUUUAAUGUAUCGCAAGUCUGUUAAAUCUAACAAUAUGAGUAAGGAGUCAGCUACAAUCGAAAUCGUUAAAGGAGUUAAAGAAUAUUUUAAUGUUAUGCUUGGUACUCAAUUAUUAUAUAAGUUUGAAAGGCCUCAGUAUGCUGAAAUUUUGCAAAGCUAUCCAGAUAAGCCAAUGUCUGAAUUAUAUGGAGCUAUUCAUUUACUAAGGCUCUUUGUGAAAUUAGGGGCGAUGUUGGCUUAUACUCCUUUAGAUGAGAGAAGUAUUCAACUUUUAUUAACAAAUAUACAAGAUUUUCUCAAAUAUUUAGUAAAAAACAGUGCCCAGUUGUUCAGUUUACAAGAUUAUGGUAAUGCUUCACCAGAAUACCAUAGAAAAACUCUGUGAUUAAUUUUUUGGUUAAUUAUUGUGUGUUUGCCUGUUAAUUUUAGCAUUUAAUUUCAUAAAGCUUGGCUUAUCUAUAAUAAUGUUCCAUCUGUUUCAUCCAUUUAUUUACUAACAUGUAAAUUCAUCAUAUUUGACAGAUAUAUCUUUAUUUUAAACUAGAUUUGAAAAAUAUUGUUUUUUAUAUACAUUUAAUUAUAACCAACAUGUUUAUUUAAUCAUAUACUUUUUGUGCAAAAUAAAAUAAUUUAAUAAGUA